AGCAGCAUUGAACUCGCCGAGAGAGAGAGAGAGAGAGAGAGAGAGAGAGAGAGAGAGAGGGAGGGAGAGAAAAGAGAGAGAAAAAAAAGGCAGAAGCAGCCCAGUGCUAUUAUCGCCGAGGCUGCUAUUGCUCACCCCCGGGCUUUGUGAAAUGCACAUCAAACGUGAAUUGUUUUGCGAUUCACCGAAGAACACUAGUGGUGAAGAGGAGUGGUCGGGGACGGAGAUCAUUAUGCACUUCUAGAUCGACGGCGCCUUGAACGCGGCAGCAGCAGCAACAGCAACAACAUCAACAUCGCAGAGCCUCAAGUGCGUUUAAUCUCCGAAGUUGUGUCAAAGCGGGCGAUGAUUCGCAUUUGAUUGUUGCUCAACUAUCUGGAGAGGACUGCAGAAGGGCCAACGCUGCAUUGUGGCAAACUGAGACGCUGAUUCCUCCCCGAGGAUUGCACAAUCCGCUCUCGCCCAAAAUGUCAUCUCAGGCGAAAGUCAAGAAGGACAAAGAGAUUAUUGCCGAAUAUGAGACCCAAGUGAAAGAGAUCCGUAACCAGCUGGUGGAGCAGUUCCGUUGUCUGGAGCAGCAGUCCGAGUCCCGGCUGCAGCUGCUGCAGGACCUGCAGGAGUUCUUCCGUCGAAAAGCUGAACUCCAGCUCGAGUACUCCAGAGGCCUGGACAAACUGGCCGAGCGCUACUCCGCCAAGAUCCGUACCUCCAGAGAGCACCAGCACUUCAAAAAAGACCAAAACCUGCUGUCCACUGUGAACUGCUGGUAUUUGGUCUUGGACCAGACCAGGCGGGAGAGCAGAGACCACGCCACUCUCAGCGACAUCUACAACAACAACGUCAUUGUCCGUCUGGCUCACGUGGGCGAGGAUGUCAUCAGACUUUUCAAAAAGAGCAAGGACAUCGGGGUGCAAAUGCAUGAGGAGCUAGUGAAAGUCACCAAUGAGCUCUACACCGUGAUGAAGACGUACCACAUGUACCAUACUGAGAGUCUCAGUGCUGAGAGCAAGCUGAAGGAUGCGGAAAAACAGGAGGAGAAGCACAUUGGCAAGGCCAAUGACAUAAGUACCAGCCUGCUACGUUACGGUCAUGACGAACGUCCACAGCGACGAAGCUCUGUCAAGAAGAUGGAGAAAAUGAAGGAGAAGAGACAAGCCAAGUACUCUGAAAACAAGCUGAAAUGCACAAAGGCCCGCAACGAUUAUCUUCUCAAUCUGGCAGCAACCAAUGCCUUGGUGGCCAAAUACUACAUCCAUGAUGUCUCAGAUAUGAUAGAUUGUUGUGACUUAGGGUACCAUGCAAGCCUGGCGCGCACCAUGAGAACCUACCUGUCUGCAGAGUAUAGCCUGGAGACUUCUCGCCAUGAGGGUUUGGACUUACUUGAGGGAGCAGUAGAUGCCAUGGACAUCAGAGGAGACAAGCUGAAAUUUAUGGACACACACAGCCAGAUCUUCUGUCCCCCAGCACGCUUCGACUAUCAGCCACACAUGGGCGAUGAGGUGUGUCAGGUGAGCGCGCAGCAGCCUGUCCAGACAGAGCUGUUGAUGCGCUACCACCAGCUGCAGUCUCGCCUGGCCACGCUGAAGAUAGAAAAUGAAGAGGUGAGGAAGACUCUCGACGCCACCAUGCAGACCCUUCAGGACAUGCUCACCGUGGAAGACUUUGAUGUUUCAGACGCCUUCCAGCACAGCCAAUCCACAGAGUCGGUCAAAUCGGCUUCCUCUGACUCCUACAUGAGCAAGGCAAACAUCUCUAAGAGACGAGCCAAUCAGCAAGAGACCGAGGGCUUCUACUUCACUAAAUACAAGGAGUACUUGAAUGGCAGCAAUCUCAUUGUCAAACUGCAGGCCAAACAUGACCUUCUGAAGCAGACGCUAGGAGAAGGGGAGAGGGCUGAAUAUGGAACAACAAGGCCCCCCACUCUUCCCCCUAAACCCCAGAGAAUGCGGAAGUCUAGACCUCGCUCCAUUUUUAACCGUAAGCUGUUUAACGGCAAUAUGGAGGCCUUCAUUCAGGACUCAGGUCAGCCUAUACCAGUGGUUGUUGAGAGCUGCAUUCGAUACAUCAAUCUGUACGGUCUUCAGCAGCAAGGUAUAUUUCGGGUUCCGGGCUCCCAGGUCGAAGUCAAUGACAUUAAAAAUGCAUUUGAAAGAGGGGAGGAUCCACUGGUGGAUGAUCAGACUGAUCAUGACAUCAACUCAGUGGCAGGCGUUCUUAAGCUCUACUUCAGGGGGCUGGAAAACCCACUGUUCCCUAAAGAGCGUUUCCUCGACCUCAUAUCUACUACCAAGCUUGACCCAGGUGGAGAAAGAGCUCAUCACCUUCAGCAGAUAAUUGUGACUCUUCAGCGGCCUGUGAUCAUCGUCAUGAGAUACCUGUUUGCGUUUCUAAAUCAUCUCUCACAGUACAGUGAUGAGAACAUGAUGGACCCCUACAACCUGGCCAUUUGCUUUGGCCCCACAUUGAUGCCCAUACCAGACGACCAGGACCCUGUGGCCUGCCAGGCGCAUGUGAAUGAGGUCAUUAAGACCAUUAUCAUCCACCAUGAGGUCAUCUUCCCAACCCAGCGAGAGUUGGAUGGACCUGUGUAUGAAAAGUGCAUGGCUGGAGGGGAAGAGUACUGUGAAAGCCCCCACAGUGAGCCAGGAGCUCUUGAUGAGGUAGACAACGGUACCGGCCCUAACACUAGUGAUGAAGAGUUGGAGCAGAUCGAGGCCAUAGCGAAGUUUGACUACGUGGGCAGAAGUCCUAGAGAGCUUUCGUUCAAGAAGGGGGCCUCUCUGUUACUGUACCUGCGAGCCUCAGAGGACUGGUGGGAGGGCCGACAUAACGGUGUGGAUGGGCUGAUCCCACAUCAGUACAUUGUGGUGCAAGACAUAGAUGAUGCGUUCUCAGAUAGCCUUCAGAGGACUGAUAUCGAGGCCAGCAGUGGACCACACCACGAUGACAGAGCGCCAUCCCGAAACGAACGCCAGUCUCCUUGUGAACACACACCCGAGCACCGCUUUGGAGCAGCAUUGGGAAGAGUGAGAGUGCGAUCAGAUGGAGCUGCCGUUCCACGCCACAGGAACAGUGCUGACAGUCACAGUCCCACCAGAGCUCCAGACCAGCCCCCUAGGGUUAUGCCUCGGCCCUGCAGCCCACACAAAAUAGCUGUCAGCAGGGGCCCAACAGACAGUCCAGAGAAGCGGCGUCUCACCACAUUUGGCAGUGCUGGCUGCAUCAACCAUCCUGACAGAAAGGCCUUCAUCGACAGCCACUCUCAGCGAUCUUCACCCAGCACCACUCGGCAUGCAAGUUUGGGGGACCACAAAGCUCUUGAAGCUGAAGCGCUCGCCGAGGACAUAGAGAAAACAAUGAAUACAGCUCUCCAUGAGUUGAGGGAGCUGGAGCGACAGAAUGUAGCCAAACAUGCCCCUGAUGUUGUUCUGGACACUCUGGAGCCCCUCAAGCACCCAGGUGGAGCCCAGGAUCCGCCUGGCAGCCCUCUCCACACCAUGGUGAUCCGGGAUCCGGAUGCAGCCCAGCGACGUAGCAGCAGCAGCACCUCCUCCGAGACCAUGACCACUUUUAAACCUGCUCUGUCAGCGCGCAGACCGAGUGCCCCUCUAAGGCCCCCGCCUGUCAGACCUGUCCGGCCUGCUCCCGUGAUCGGACAGGGGCAGGGACCACCACACCGCUCCAGCAGCUCUAGUUCCUCUGGUCUGGGCAGCCCAGGCAUCACCCCCACUGACAGGGUCUUCCCUAAAGCUCCCUCCCCAUCACCAUCCACCUCCUCCUCCUCCUCAGACAAACAAGGUAACAUGUAGCUGCAGUCAGUCACAAGUCAAGUGGAUGAAGAACACUGUGGAUACCGAGUGAUUGUGAUUGCCACCCCUACACCUCUUUUUGACAGCAAAGCAAACAUUGACACCUGGUCUGUAUGAUGAAUAUUACCACUAAUCUUGUAUAUCGUAGGAUGGCUACUGCUGGUUUCUGCCCACACGUUGGCUUUUUGGUGGACAAGUCGAUGUACUGUAUUACAGUGACAUAUUACACAGAAAUAGGAUUUAAAUAUAUGAGAAUUAUUUUAUAGAAUGCUACCAUGCUGCAUAGCCAUGCUGGACAAAAAAAAAGGGAUGCACUGGAAAAAUACUUCUGUUUAUUGAACUCUGACAGUGGGACAUCUCAUUGAAAUGUUAUUAGGUUACAAAGUUGUUGUGAGCUUGGACUUUGUCUCUGGUUUCCUGUUCUGUUACGGGGGAACGCUCAAGAGAAUAUUUCAUCACAUCAUGUAGACAUCCAGUCUGUGCUGGUGGUCCAUGUAGUCUAUUAUGACUGUGAUUUAUUGGGCACCAUUUAUAUUAACAGAGAAGCCUUGUCCCACAGUGUCAUUCAGAUCAUGGCUGAAUGGUGAACCCAGAGUGGAACUGCCCCAAGCUGCAGUUCUUCUAAUGGCCACUAGAUGCUGGUUCAAAGGAAAUUACAACUGUGCUAAAGUCACUAUGAGUAGAACUUCAAAAAAAAAAAAAAACAUCUCAUGUUGGAGCCCUUGAAUAGUAAUAUAAAAAACAGAGGGAGCUGAGAUUGAAGGGUUCAAAGCAACACAUAGACAGCAUCAUUCAAUUUUUUGUACAAACAAAAACAUAUGCCAUCAGAAUAAUUUAAUCGUUGCUGUACAUUAUACAAUAAUUCUACACAUUAUGGCUUCAAACAAAAUGAAGAAAUCCUGUCUAGCUAUCCUUUUUUCUACAAGAAAAAAAAUCAAGUCCUAGUCCCAGUGAAAAUCACUGCACCAUAGUGAUUUGGUUGGAAACUGAAGCACUAGCUGACUCCUAGCGGUUUUGUCAUCCCAUUUAUUAGAGCUGCUUCAUUCUGGUCAGUUUGCAGCCAGUAACCUGAACUGGGCCAGGUUAACUGUUAGCAGUGCAGCAGCACAAUCAACAACAACACAAGAUUAGGACACUCAUACAAGCCCUGAUAUUUGAUAAAUUUGUACUGUUAACUGCAUGUCACUUCCGGCAAGCAAUUCUGCAACAUAAUUCCUAAACUCUGAUAACAGGAGACAAGAAACUUAUCUCAGCCAAAACUAUAUUUUUCCUUCAUUCAUUAAUCUCAGACUAGCCUACGUCAGUGGACAGCAGAAGAAACCAGACCACAGUUACAUAGAGAACAAUUAUUAUGGACAUUUGUAGACAUGCCAAUCCUAUAACUAAUACAUGGAAAUAAAGAUGAAAAUCAGCAAAAUGUUGUUAUAAUAUAGUCUCGUUAUAAUAAAAAAAAAUUAGCUGUAUUACCUCAACAAAUAAGCAAAACUUUCUCCUUCAAUUCAAGUGACUAAUGCACUUAUAAACACUACAGGGAACUGUGCUGCAUCUGUAGUUUCUGUGUUUUCAUUUUGAUGAAGUUGUACUAGAAACAUGAUAUAGCACAUCAGUAUCAUUGAAGAUUACAUAAUGUCUAGAUUGCACAUGGUCAGUUCAGGCUCUGUGGGUGUUUAGAUGAACUCGUUUACUGUUGGUGAUGUUUGUUGUCCGUCUUAUGAGGAUGAUCAAUAUAUCUUUAAAAUGUAACAGGUACAUCGGAAUGAAUAUAUACAUACUGUUUAAGGAUACUUGUAUAAAUAACAUUGUAUGAUAGGAACAGGAUAUAUUAUCAUCUCUAGUGUGUAGAUUUUUUGUAAUUCUUAUCCUUGCACAAACAUUAACAAAACAAUAAAUAAAUGAAGCCUCACAGAA